AUGUAUCUCUGGCUUGUUCUCGGCAUCAUUUGCGCCAUCGGACAUCACGUAUUCUACCACUUCCUAGAUGGUAACCCUGCGGAUGAUCAGGUGCGCAUGCUGCGUUAUGGGACAGUUCUCGCCUUUGCGGCGAAGGCCAGCUUGGGAGCUGCUGUGAUAUCAGCAUUUCAACAACGUAUCUGGACAACGGUGAGGUCCAGGUUCAUGACCAUUACUGCUCUGGACUCGAUGUUUGCUGCGACGGAGAACUUCAUCGCGUUACUUUCUUGGGAGUUUUUAAAAGGUGCCAAGGCAGCAGCUGCUUUGGCCCUGUUUGUCUGCCUCAACUUUGCAAAGGAGGACACUCACCAGUGGCGGGAGCCCAUUAAGAUAGAUGGCCGAUAUGAGAUGCCGCUAUCUAUCUGGAACUCAACCAAGCCCGCGGACUCUGAACCAGAAGGUUGGUUUGACUACUACACAGGACCGAGCCCCAAUUUUCAACAAACUGCAACCCUCGGCGCUUUCCUCCAAGAAGUCGUCGCCCGGAGGAAUGCUUCAACAGAGGUGUGCAAAAAAGGAUGGAACUGCACCUUUGAGAUUGAUUUCACGGCACCGGGUUACAAAUGCAGCGAACAAGCUAGAGGCAUCGGUUCGAAACCGGCGAACUUGACGCAACAAUCCGGCGAGGCGAAGCCACCCUUCGGAACCGAUAUCCUCCUUCCCGAAGGAACGUUUGCUUACUAUGCCUUUACAAGCGGAGGGGAAUACUCUACCACGCAGAUGAAAGAAGUCGAGAUUGGAGGCAUCCCAAAGAUGGACCCGCCCUAUCCGGAACACAUGGGGGCUCUCCGUACGGAACCGGUCAUCUGGAUAGGCCACGUUGUGCUGCCGGACGCCGAGCACCCUCCGUCUAGAAAGGAGGGCGACGAAAAUAUGAAUUACGUCCCCAAGAUAUUUGCAUGCGAGCACUACGAAACAGAGUACACCGCUGUGUUCAACUACACCGACACCACGCAGUCGGCAUACAUGAAAAAGCAUAAGUUUCUAGCACCCAUUAUCAACACGACCUUCGUCCCCGGGCUGGAUGCUGACGACGGUACGGCGGACAAUGUAACCGCAAUUCCGAAGGAGAACUACAUUCUCCCUCAAGACGUCGAAAGAUAUCGACGCAUUGCCUCCUAUCACUCCUUGGGUUUCAUGCUUCGCAAGUUCCUCAACGGCACCAUACAGGUGGACAAGCAGUCCGCCAACCCAAUGGCAAACACAGACGCUAUCCAGACCAAACUGCUGGAUCCCAGAAAUAACUACUUUCCAGUAUUCAACCUCCAGGACAUGGUGCAAGAAUUCUACGAAGACCUAAUUCUCUCCAUCUUCUCGACCCCCCAGUUCCUUCCCGUAGUCUGGGCCGCGCAUACGAACGAAAACACAGGGGGCCUGAUUUUAGGCGGCGACCAGCACAACCACUCUGCAUACGAAUACCCGUGCCAGCGAUCGCGGAUAGCCAACAUGUAUAGCUAUCAUGCGCGGGACCUUUGGAUCGUUUACGCUAUUGCCAUUAUUUUGGCGACCUCUGGGGUCGCGCUUGGUGCUCUUGCCGUCAGGGAAAAUGGCGGGGUUCUCAGAAACACGCGCUUCUCUAGUGUCGUGGCGGCAACACGCGGGCCGGCACUGGAUAAGGUGCACUGGGAGGGUCCGGAUAGGGACCGAGGCGAUGUGCCGGAGGGCGUAAAGAAGCUGAAACUUGGCUACGGUGUAAUUAACCAAAACAUCGGCGAUGGCUUGGAAGUAGGAGAAAGAUACCCCCGACAAAGCAUGGUCUGGUCACCCGGCGAGAUUCGAUGUGGCUUCGGUUUGGAAGGUGAUGUUAAUCAAAGGCGUAAAGAAGGAUCAUUGUUUCACAAGUAG